AUGACAACCCUGAUUACUGGAGGCGGAAGCAACAUUGGUACUCGUCUUGCCCUACUCCUCAAGGAAGCCGGUCGAAGUGUCCUCUUCGGCUCUCGAUCUGGCCUGAGGAUCCCUGAUGGUUUCGACUCCGUCAAGCUCGACUGGGACGACCCCACUACCUUCGAGAACCCAUUCAAGACUGACCACACCAUCGAGUCUGUGUACCUGAUCGGGCCUACAGACAACCUCAACCCCGGGAAACCGCUGAAACCCUUCAUUGAUUUGGCAGUGCAGAAGGGCGUGAAGCGGUUCGUGUACCUCAGCGGUAGCGGAGCCGACAGCAAGAACAACAUUGGCGGGCUUGGAGAGGUUCCUGGAUAUUUGGAGGAAAAGGGGUUGGAUCGAUGGAUUCUGCGACCUACAUGGUUCACUGACAAUCUCUUGACGGCCUACAGCUAUGGUAUUCGCGCGAAUGGAGAAUUCCAGUCCGUGAUUCCGACCGGGCGAGUUCCAUUCGUCGCGACCGAUGACAUCGCCAAAGCCGCGUUUGAAGGAAUAGUCGCAGAAGAGAACAAGGUCAAGGACGUGAUAGUCAUUGGGCCUGAACUCUUGACCUACGAUGAGCUGGCGGCUAUCACAAGUGAUGUUCUCGGAAAGAAGGUCGUCCACAAGGCGGUUCCUCCCGAAGUCCUGGAAGAGAUCUAUCGCCAUAUCAUGUCUGAAGAAGUUGCAAAAUGGUUGAUCCAAGCUGAGCUGGAGGUCGAGGCCGGUUCUGAGGAGAAAUGGGGCACUCUAACAGCCGAGGAGCAGGAGAAGUUGAAGGUCAAAGUUUUCGUUGGGACCAUGACAGUGAGGGAUUGGGUCGAGAAGAACAAGGCAGGGUUUGCUUGA